AUGGACGAGUCGAAGCAACAGUACCUGGAGCCGAGAGACGAUGAGGUUGGCUCGCAUGAGGCUGUUAUUGACCCUGUGGCGGAGAGGAAGUUGGUGAGGAAGUUGGAUAUGUGGCUUUCGCCGAUGAUGGUGCUGGUGUUUCUGGUUGCGUACCUUGACAGGUCGAAUAUCGGGAAUGCCGCCAUCGCUGGCAUGAGCGAAGACCUCGGACUCGAUGGGGACAAACUUAACGUGGCAGUGACACUUUUCUACGUUACGUACAUCACCUUCGAGAUUCCCGCCUCCCUAAUCCUCAAGAAGGCACGCCCCUCUCGCCUCAUACCCUUCUUCAUAAUCUGCUGGUCCGCCGUCGUCAUCGGCAGCGCCUUUAUGCAAAACUACGCAACUCUGCUCGCCUCUCGCCUCCUCAUCGGCGCAUUCGAAUCAGGCCUCUUCCCCUGCCUAACGCUCUACCUAUCGACCUUCUACAAACCCAUCGAACAAGCCCGGAGAAUCUCAUACCUCUUCGUCGCGGCAGCAUUAUCAGGAGCCUUUGGAGGACUUCUUGCGUACGGCCUGACGGGAUUGAAUGGCGUACUCGAAGGGUGGAGGUGGCUCUUCCUCGUCGAAGGCCUAAUUUCCAUCCUGGUAGGACUCGGCUGCAUCGCUCUCCUCCCAGACACCUUCGAAUCCGCCUGGUGGCUAAACGAUAACGACAAGAAACUCAUGCGGAUCCGACACGAACAAGUCGCCCUCUACCAAGGCGAGAACGAACUCUUCGACCGCGAGGAGGUCAAGCUCGCCUUCCAAGAUCCCAAAGUCUGGCUGAGUGCAUUCUGCCAGUUCUGCGCAAAUACCUGCUCCUUUGGAUUCAGCACGUUCUUGCCGACGAUCAUCAGGGGAUUUGGGUUCAGCUCGGUCCGGACGCAGUUGCUCACGGUGCCGGUGUAUAUCUGGGCCUCGAUUUUUUAUCUUGUCGUUGCGUACGUCUCGGAUAAAGUUCGUCGGCGGGCAUUUUUCAUGUCGCCGCUGGCGAUAGUCACGGCGAUUGGGUAUUGCAUGAUGCUCGGCAUUGACAUGGACAAGACAGCUGUGCUGUACUUCGCGACAUUCGUCACCGCAACGGGAAUAUACUGCUGUGUUGGGCUGAACGUCACAUGGAUCUCGAACUCGAACGCAGGCUACUAUAAACGGGCGACGGCAAUUGGCUUGCAGCAGACAGUCGGUAACAGUGCAGGCAUCCUGGCUGGACAGAUCUAUCGGAUAACGAACUCGGAUGGGAGGUAUGUCAUCGGACACGCGGUUUCGCUCUCGACAAUCGUGUGUGCCUCGAUUGGAUAUGCGACGAUGUUCUUCUUGCUGAGGGGGAUCAACCGGAAGCGGGAAGCAAUGCCAGAAGACGAGAAGAGGCGACUGAUCGAUGCUGGGGCAAGAGGAGACCGGCAUCCGGAUUUUAGAUACACCACAUAG